GUUGAAGCCUUAGUUCAUUUUCAGUUAGCGUCUCCGACAAACAAGGACACAAUGUUAAUCUCUGGAUCUUGUGCGUUUUUUCUUUUACUCUUAAAAUACCAAUUUAGUGUGUCUAUAGCCAAUGAACCAAUGUGCUCAAAAUUUGCUUAUGAUGAGCAACUUUUAGAGAAAAUGAUAAGGCAGGAAAUAAAAGUAGAAACGAUGCAGAAUGAUAUAAAGAAAACGCAAGAAACUGUUUCCAUUACGCUGGAGGAAAUUAAGAAAACUAGUGUAGAGGUGUUCAAAACACUGGAGUCCGUGCAGAACAAUGCCACGGAGGUGAUGAAAGGAAUCAUCCGCGACAAAGAAAGAAAUGAAGAAAUACUGAGAAAAACAUUUGAAGAACUACGGAAUAAUUUCACAACUGAUAUGGAGGAAGGAAGGAAGGUGUUAAUAGAACUUGCAGAAAACAUUAAAAAGCCUUCCGUAGGAUUUUUUGCACACAAUGUGGUGGAUCUAAAGCUUGACAGAACAGACAAAAUCAUUAUAUUUGACACAGCAACGACCAAUGAAGGAUCAGGAUAUGACACUUCCACUGGGAUCUUCACAGCACCUGUCGGGGGAUUGUACCAAUUCAUUGUUAAUUAUUGUACAUACAUCAGGCAAUAUUCGCCUCUUGCGUUGGUGCUAUCAGGAAACGUGAUUGCUAGGUCGUCAGAUCAUGAUGCAGACUUCUAUCCUUGCAGUUCCUUUUCUGCAGUAAUAAGAGUGAAAUCGUCAGAGAAGAUAUGGGUUAAAUGUUUGGCUGGCUCAUCCGGUUAUGCUUUAUAUCAAGAUAGUUUGAGGAUGAACACCUUCAGUGGAAUUCUUGUCAAUAAGUAAAACAUUCAAUAUCUUCACGCAUGAAAUGUAAUAGAGGAGUUUUAUACAGUACAGCAUUGAGUAAUUCGCUGCCUGUUUCACAAAAGUGGUGUACAUGUAUAUAUCCAUCAUUGAUAUUAUUUCUUGACUGCUAUAUUUUUGUUUGUGAAAUAAGUAUAUAUUCGUUUAUUUAAGUGUCUUAAUUCUCACAUUUACAAAUACACGUAUAAUACAUAAAAUUCAUAUACAUUGCAAAUACUAAUCAAAUAAGAUGUUUUAGAGACAUAUGUAGCCAUUAUCACAUAUACAUGUAAUAUGACUAUUUACGUAUAAAACAGGUACGAACUAUAAUACUCUUGUUAAUCUGAUUCAUAUUUAAAAAAUUGCUAUAGAAGAGAUAAAAGAAAAAAUAGAUGUGGGAUAAUUUGGAUUAUACACAACAACUUAUAGAAGUUCAAUUCAUUUGAUCUCCUUUUAUAUUAUAAUUUAUUGGUAAAUAAUAACUCAGUCUCUAGAGAAUUAAGUUUUUCGACGUUACUCGUAGUAAAAUACAAAGCCUAAGAAAGUUACUUAACAUAUUAUACAACAUGUAUGUUGUUCUGCUUUAUAUAAAUCAGACUUUAUGCAUCAUGAUGGCCCUCUCUAGCAUUGUGUUUGUUUGUUUUUUUUAUAUUUAUAGAUGUUUUCAAAACGGCAAAUGUUAAACUUUAACUUAAUUGAUUUCUUAUCAUCAGCUAUAUGUACAUGUAUGUCUCAAUAUAUAAAUAUCGUUUCGAAAUUGGAAAAGAAAAAGGAUAUUCAAUUGUUUAUGCUAUAUCUAUGUGAACUUAUUACAACAUUUUUUGUUUUCUAUGCGAUAGUGAGGUUUCAUGCGGAAUAGUGAUAUGAAAUAAUUAAUCAAACAGAUCAUUGAAGAAAUAUUCUUUUGAUUUGUUAACAGAAAAGAUUUCCUUAAAAAAUAAACACAAACAAUAAAUUUGAAAUGGAUCGAAUCUAGACAGUAUCAAUGUUAAUUAUCAUAAUGUAAAUAAAGGGAAAUACUUAAAUAAACAAAUUGACCUCUGGCAAGAUAGAUUUUUUUGUUUUCAAAUGAUUUGAGAACAAUCUAAGGAUAUUAUGAUUACCACAAUGUGUGUCCUUUUCACUUGUUAAGGAAUGUGUUAUGCUCCAUAUUUGCACGCAAAUUCUUUUAAGGGUAUUUUCAAGUACUUUUGUAUUUACAAAUAUCAUACUAGAAAUAUUGUUCAUUGAAUUCUUUGAAAGUAUGUUUUUAACAUAUCGUAUUUGAUUUUAUUCCAAACUUUUCAUAUUAGAAACACAUACUUUGAAUUAAAAUAUUGGUGUUAAAACAGAUUGCCAUUGAAAUAAAGCUUUUAAAUAUUCUAGAUGUCAAAAACCUACUUAGUUACAACUAAAUAUCCUGAACUAUAUUGUUAAUUCUUUCAUUGUUUCCUGAUCAGCUGUUACUCAGACCCCCGAGCUAAAACUAUUUUAGCUGUUGGUUUAAACGAAAUAUUUCAAUUAAUUUUUCACAAUUUCAAACAGAAAAAUGAUUAAAUAAUUUGCUAGAGUAAGUUCUCUUUUUCAAUGUAAUCUUGUCACCAUAGAAGUCUGUGGCUAAUAAAAGACCAGGAACCAUUUAUUACGUUCAGAUGACUUCAAUAAACUCAUGUUCAAAUUGUAAAAUAGUGUUUAUUGGAUAAUUAAAGGGAUAUGUGACUUUCUUCAUUUACUUUUAAAAAAAUUAAUUUGUUUUAAAGUUAUGUAAUUUUCAUAUCUACGGUAUGUCUCACUAUACAUGUAAAAAUGUAUUCUACUUCAUUUUCUGUACAUGUUUUUGCAUAAAUAUCAUACUAUGUGUUGUUAAAAAAAUUGUAUUUCCAAUUUUCAUCAUCCAAAUACUUUAUCACUUUGUUUUUU